AUGGCCGACCCCGCGCCGUCUUCGCCCGCCAACGAUUCGUCUGCGGCUGCACCUGCGAAAUUCCAAUACAUCCAGUAUGAUGGCACCAAAGAAGAUGAAUACGUCACGGCAAUGCGCCAGUUGAUCUCGAGUGACCUGUCGGAGCCGUACAGCAUCUAUGUCUAUCGAUAUUUCCUCUAUCAGUGGGGCGAUCUAUGCUUCAUGGCCAUGGAUGAAAGCAAUAAGCUUGCAGGCGUUGUCGUAUCGAAACUGGAACCUCACCGUGGAGUUCCGCUGCGGGGAUACAUCGCCAUGCUCGCCGUCCGACAGGAGUAUCGCGGGCAAGGGAUCGCCACAAAACUGGUCUGCAUGGCCAUCGACGCCAUGAUCGCGCGGGAUGCGGACGAAAUCGUCCUGGAGACAGAGACAACAAACACACCCGCCAUGAAACUCUACGAGCGGCUUGGCUUCCUCCGCAGCAAACGAUUACACAGAUACUACCUCAAUGGGAAUUCUGCGUUUCGGCUCGUCCUAUAUCUAAAGGAAGGGGUGAGCAUGCUUGAGCCUCCUGGUUGUGGUGGGCCCCAUACUCCCGAAGCGCCAGGGGAACAGGGUUCUUAUGACGGGUUACCGUUGCAUGAGGAUGGCGAAUAUCCUGCAAGACACAUCGUUUAG